AUGACUAUCACUACCAUCGUGCCUGGGAAUAAAGGUCCUACAGACUGGCCGGGUAGUGAGGUGAAGAAUAUCUUGGUUACUGGAGGAGCCGGUUUCAUUGGUUCAUGGAUGUGCCAUCACCUGGUACAUCAAUAUGGUGAAAAAUACAGUGUUGUUUGCCUUGAUAAAUUGAGUAACGUCUCUACCUUGAACAACCUGAAGUCGGUAUUGAACAGACCAAACUUUCACUUUGUGCAAGGCAAUCUCCAUGACAAGGAACAUCUGAUUAAGGUUAUGGCCGAGUAUAACAUUGACAGUGUCAUACACUUUGCAGCAGAAUCUAGUGUUCAGAAGUCAUUUUCCGAUCCUGCAGCCUUUGUGGACAUGAAUGUGUGUGCGACGUUUCGGUUGCUGGAAGCAAUGAACGCUUAUGGUAAAAUUACAAGAUUCCUACAUGCCUCGACUGAUGAGGUGUACGGGGAAACAUGGGGGGUCAGUGUGGACGAAGACACGCGUAUGAACCCUACCAAUCCUUAUGCCGCUAGCAAGGCUGCAGCCGAAAUGUUCGUCAUGGCCUAUCAGAAGAGCUUUGAAAUCCCCGGCAUGAUUCUAAGGUGUAAUAACAUCUACGGGCCCUGUCAAUACCCCGAGAAGCUCAUUCCCAAAUUUGCUUUGCUUGUCAGAGAUGGCCAGAAAUUGACGAUUCAAGGAAAUGGCAGCUGUACUAGGAACUUCGUUCACGUUGCUGAUGUAAUUGCUGCAUAUGAUACUGUUCUUCAUAAGGUACGUGAUGUCGCAACUGGAGUUUUGAGAGAAUUCGGACAUGAUAUAGAGAAGAACUUCGACGAAUUCAUUGACUCGAUACCAGAUAGGCCAUACAACGACAAUGACUAUGUUGUCAAGGGUGACAGGCUCAAAGAGCUUGGAUGGUCUCAAAGCGUCGGCUUCAAGGAAGGACUAGCCAACACGGUCCAGUGGUAUCGGAAGAAUGGGGACAAUUGGUGGAAGGAGGCACUCGGCAAUCAAAUCGGGGUGUGA